CGCUCAAAGCACCAAAAUACCUUUUGCCCACACACACACACACACACUCUCUCUCUCUCUCUCUCUCUAAUCCCUGUCUUUUCUCUCUCCAACUUUCCCCUUAGAGACUCCUCUUUGUCUCUGACUAGGGUUUCUCUCUUAAAAUGACAAAUAAUCUCAAUAAUUGAAGAUCCUCUUGAGGAUUUUCCAUAUCCUCUUCCCAUCAUAGUUAAGACACAGAAGAGAGAACCAAAGAAGAGCAAACAGUUCUGACUUCUGAGUAGUUAUCAGGGGGACUUACUCUUGUUGCUCCAUCGAAAGGGGGAAUAUAACAAAAGAUGUCGUCGUCGUAUUUUAACUAUACAAACUCACCGUGCGCGGCAUGCAAGUUCCUCCGGCGGAAAUGCACUUCGGACUGCGUAUUCGCACCCUAUUUUCCGCCAGAGGAACCUACAAAGUUUGCGAACGUCCACCGGAUAUUUGGGGCAAGCAACGUCAGCAAGAUCCUCCAGGAGGUGGCGCCACAUCAACGAGAAGACGCAGUGAACUCGCUUGCUUACGAGGCGGAAGCAAGGCUAAGAGAUCCAGUUUAUGGUUGCGUUGGCGCCAUCUCGGUGCUCCAAAGACAAGUCUUGGGGCUGCAAAGGGAACUAGAGGAGACUAAUGCUGAUAUCAUGAGGUACGCUAGUUACCUUGGUGGUGAAACGGCAUCGGUUUAUGGAGACCGGAGAGGUUGACUGGUCAACUGGAAAUCUUCAAAUAUAUAUGUUGAUGAGAACAUCCAUGCAUGUGUAAGUGUAUGCUUAUUUGUAAUAUACAUGUUUAAUUUAAAUUGUAUUUUCAUUAACAUAGGAGGUCAAAGGAUAUUUGUGAAUAUGUCAAACAAGCAAAUAUAGUCAUUGAUGUA